AUGCGUUACGUUCUCGUCUCAGGCGGUGUCAUCUCUGGAGUGGGCAAGGGCAUCAUCGCCUCUUCCACGGGUCUGCUCCUCAAGACCCUGGGACUGCGUGUCACUAGCAUCAAGAUCGACCCGUACCUGUCGGUCGAUGCUGGUCUUAUGGCCCCCGCCGAGCACGGCGAAUGCUUUGUGUUGCACGAUGGCAUGGAGGUGGAUCUCGACCUGGGCAACUACGAGCGCUACCUCAACAUCCGUCUGACGGGCGAGCACAACAUCACUACCGGCAAGGUGUACAGGCAUGUCAUUGACAAGGAGCGCCGCGGCGAUUACCUCGGAAAGACGGUUCAAGUCGUUCCCCACGUCACCGAUGCGAUUCAGGACUGGAUUGAGCGUGUUGCCAAGAUUCCCACAGACAACUCUGGCGAGGAGCCAGAUGUCUGCAUUAUCGAGCUCGGAGGUACCGUUGGUGAUAUCGAGAGCAUGCCCUACGUCGAGGCAUUGACUCAAUUGCGCCACAGAGCCGGAAGCGGCAACUUCAUCCAGAUCCACGUCUCUUACGUGCCCACCAUUCACGGCGAGCAGAAGACGAAGCCCACACAGCAUGCCGUGAAGACAGUCCGCAGCUACGGCCUGGUUCCCGAUAUGAUCGCUUGCCGUUGUGAGCAGCCCCUCGAGGAGGCUACCAUAAAGAAGAUUGCCCUUCUCUGCCAAGUCGACAUUCCUCAGGUCCUCGUCGUUCGCGACAUGCCCACCAUCUACCAGGUUCCCCUUCUCCUGGAGGAGCAGAACCUCAUCCCCUGGCUGCGCAAGGCCGUCAACCUGGACGCCCUGUCCAUCCCCCAGUCCCGCAUUGCCGAGGGUGCGGCGCUGUGGAAGACCUGGGCCUCCGUUGUCAGCCGCCCUUACGAUGGCGAGAUCAAUAUCGCCCUCGUCGGCAAGUACGUCAAAUCUCAGGACGCUUACCUGUCAGUCGUCAAGUCCCUGGAGCACUCGGCGAUGCACCUGCGCAAGAAGCUCAACAUUUGCUGGGUUGAUGCGGAGCACCUCGAGGCCCAGGCCAAGUCUGCGGACCAGGCUCAGUACCACAAGGCGUGGCACGAUGUGUGCACCGCCUCUGGUAUCAUCGUUCCCGGUGGCUUCGGUACAAGAGGUACCGAGGGUAUGAUGAAGGUCUCAAAGUGGGCGCGCGAGAACGGAACCCCGUUCCUCGGCGUCUGCCUCGGUUUCCAAACCGCCAUCAUCCAGUACGCCCGCGAUUUCCUGAGCAUCCCCAACGCCACCUCCGAGGAGUUUGACGCCCAGGCCGAGAACAAGGUCGUCAUCUACAUGCCCGAGAUCAGCCGCGACAAGCUCGGCGGCACCAUGCGCCUCGGCCUGCGCCCGACCGAGUUCCAGCCCGGCAGCGAGUGGUCCAAGCUGCGCGCCCUGUACGGUGAGGCCGACUCGGUGGAGGAGAGACACCGCCACCGUUACGAGGCCAACCCGGCCUUCGUCGAGAAGCUCUCCGAGGCCGGCUUGAACUUCAUCGGCAAGGACGAGACGGGCGAGCGCAUGGAGAUCUUUGAGCUCCAGAACCACCCCUACUUUGUCGGAACCCAGUUCCACGCCGAGUACCAGUCCAAGGUGCUCAACCCCAGCAGACCUUACCUCGGCUUCGUCGCCGCCAGCGCGGGAUGCCUCGACCGGGUCAUCAAGGAGGAGCUAGCCGCCUCCAAGCAGACCAACGGCGUCAAGCACGUCGUGUGA